CAUGGAGACACACUGGUGUUAUGCACAUCUGGAUGUUUUAACAGAAGUGGUGGAAAGUAACUAAGUACAUUAAUCCGGCCCACAACAUAUCAGCUGAAUGAAUUGUCUGGGUAGCAAACAUUUCCGAGAAGAGGUGAUGAAUGAUGCAUUUCAGCACCACGGACGACGGAGAGCUCCGCAAUUUACAGUACAGAGACGCAGACGGCUGUGAUAGGCUGGUAGAAGGAGGAGGUCGAGGUCACCUGGUGGAGAUAUAAAACAGGCCUGAAUGGAGGAAAGGGCUUAGUAUCUUCUGAGUGGAGGAACAUUCACACCCAGAGGGAGGAUCUGAAUCUUGUGCUCACAGAUGAGACUUGUUGCUCUGGCUGUGGUCUGCGGCCUGAUUAUCGGUCAGGAUGCAGGGAGUGAGGGAGCAGCGCUUCCAGGAUAUGACUCGGCACAAAGGACACAAGCAACAGGAUCUGUCCUCUCUAAGCUCAAGAGGAGGACUGAGGCCGACCUGGUGGAUGAGCCCAGUCUAUGUUUCUCCCUGAGGGAGAACGAGGAGCAGAGGCAGCUGCUGUGCAACGACCGCAGGAGUAAAUUCAACUUCAACCCGUUAAGCCUUCGCUUUGGGAAACGCUACAUGUACAGUAGAGCCGUUAAAAGAGCCCGGACAAAUAAAUUCUCACCCCUUUCUCUGUUCCCACGAGAACUGGAGGUGCCCACCUGA